UCGGGGGGGCAACGUAACAGCGCAUGCGCUCUCCGCGCGCUGGCAACGUCUCGGGUAGAACGUAACCAGCUUGGCGUGCUGGUUUCCUUAGAGACGGAGCCGGGCCUAGGCCGUAGCGGAGAGACUACGACUACAGCGGGGCCCUUGAAGAGGACAAUAUGCCGUCGAAGGGAAAGGACAAAAGGAAAAGCAAGAGUAAAGAAAAAGACAAGAAGAAGAAGAUAACAAAAACUGAUGAAUCUGUAGUGGAAAGAGCCAAGGCCAAUGCCUCCCUUUGGGAGGCCAGGAUGGAAGUCACAGAACUCUCUAGGAUUGAGUAUCGUGAUACUUCCCGGAGACUUGCAAAAACUAAUGAGGAAUUAAAGAAACAGCAGUAUAAAAUGGAGAAAGACACAAUGUCUGUAUUAAGCUACUUGAAGAAGCAGGAUCAGGAAAAAGAUAAUAUGAUUGAAAACCUGAAACAACAAUUGAACGAAACAAGGGAAAAAGCCCAAGAGGAGAAGGAAAAAUUGGAACAAAAGUACACUGUGCAAAUAAGUGAGCUGGAGGGACAAUUCCAUCAAAAAGCCAAAGAAAUUAGUAUGAUUCAAACAGAGAUGAAAACAAUAAAACAAUUCCAGAAGAGAAAAAUCCAAGUGGAGAAAGAACUAGAUGAUCUGAAGGAGAAUUUAAGGAGCACAGAGCGGAAACAUCAGGAGACUCUUAGAAGAUUGGAAAACAGGUUUUUUGAAGAAAAGCACCGACUAGAACAAGAGGCUGAAAAAAAGAUAAUAAUGCUGGCAGAGAGAGCCCACCAUGAAGCUGUUGUGCAACUGAACAAUGCUGGAAGAGCUGUUUUUAAAGAAAAUGUUUAUCUCCAGAAAGCUCUGGCAUACCACCUGCAGGAAGCUGAUGCUCUACAAAAAAAUUCUGAGAAGUUGCAAGAGACUCAGACUUUCCUUUUACAUCAAAAGGAGAUCAAUGAUUUAUUGGUUAAGGAAAAGAUUAUGCAACUUACCCAGCAAAGAUCACAAAUCCAAAUUCUUCAGAAGAAGGUCAUAAGCUUGGAGACUGCCCUGAGUUGUAUGACCAGAGAGUUUGAAACGGAAGUUUUAAAACUACAGCAGCAGGCAAUGGUACAUAACCAAGAGGGUCAGUUUGAAAUUUACAACCUACAGUACCUUCUUCAGAUGAAGGACAGGGAAAUGAAUCGAGUGAAGAAGCUUGCCAAGAAUAUACUGGAUGAGAGGACAGAAGUGGAAAGGUUCUUUUUAGAUGCUCUACACCAAGUGAAGCAACAGAUCUUAUUGAGCAGGAAGCAUUAUAAGCAAGUAGCACAAGCUGCUUUCAAUUUUAAAAUGCGGGAGGCAUGUGCAAGAAGAACAGAAUAUCCCAAAAUUCGAACAUUUGAUGGCAGAGAGCACAGCACCAAUAGUGUGGAUCAGGAUCUUAUGGAGGCUGAAAAAUGGACAGAUAUUCAAGGAAAUGUGGAUAUUGGAGAUUUGACCUGGGAGCAGAAGGAGAAAGUCUUGCGAUUGCUCUUUGCAAAAAUGAACGGUUUUGUUCCUAGGAAAUACAGCCACAGUUCUAGGCCUCCAGUUCCAGAUUAUGUUGUGUUGGACAAUGGAGAAACAAAGGAAUUUGGGGAUGAAAGUAAGCUUCAAGAUCAAACCUUUAUCACACAGCAAGUACCAAUCACAGACUCUUCUGGUGAACUGAUAAUAUCCAAAAUUCAGAAAGGAUCACAAGAGUCUGACAUGGAGACCUACUGACAAGCACUGCUCAACAACAUAUGACUCCACAAAAGCUGCUGCAGGCCCUUCCUUGCAGAAUCCUUGUUCCUGAAUAUGUACAAGAAAGUUUCCUAGAGGAAAAACAUUUUUUAAAACU